AUGGUGAUACACACGCCAAAGAAGCAGCCCGUGGAUCCAGAUGAAGUGAAGUCGCUGAUUCAUCAGCGGGGACAGGUCAAGGGAAAAGUGACGAGAAUUAAGAGUGCCCUUGACGAAGCCAAGAAGAACCCGCAGAGGAUAACCAAGGCGACGCUGAAAGUGUACGAGAAGAAGCUGAAAGCGCACUACCAGGAGUACGUGUUGCGCCAUCGUGAAGUGAUCGAAGUGGUUGCUAACGACAAGAAGGAGGAACAAGAUGAUGUGCUCGACGUGUUUGACCAGCUUCACACCGAAACGCUGGUGCUGGUCGAAGAGCUGAUGGAGUUGUUCAACCAACCGGUCGCUGGACAGGCCCUCAUCCAAGUCGGUGCCAACGGAGUGGCGCCUCAAGUGAUCGUGCAACAACAACCUUUUCGAGCACCGAUACCGAGCUUCGACGGGCAGACGGAGAACUGGCCAAAGUUCAAAGCCAUGUUCGAAGACCUCGUCGGUCGCACUCGCGAUUCCGACGCCAUGAAGCUGCAUCACCUCGACAAAGCCCUGGUCGGUGAUGCAGCUGGGUUGAUCACCGCGAAGAUGAUUCAAGACAACAACUACGAGCAAGUUUGGAAGGAGAUCAGUGAGCAGUUCGAGAACCAACGUGUCAUCGUGGAUACGCCCAAGUAACCAUCUAGCACUAAAAGAAAUCAUAAAUGAGCUGCUAAACAGCAUUCACCAGCUAACCAGUCACAAAACAGCUACGGUGAUUGCAAAUUAGCUGUAAAACAACUGCUCUAAUAAUAGCUGGAAUAGAGCUGCCGUGUAAGAGCGAAAGAGAGAGAUCACCAGCAAGCAGAUUCAAAAAUAUUCUUUGCUCUCUCAUCCAUUAAACCAAAACAAAUCGAGCGGGGAGAAAAAUUCAGUCAGCUUAGAAGAUUUAGUUUACGCAGCUGUUGAAGCCGUUUUAUUAUGUUGUAACCUCCAGCUGACAUGAAAUUACGGUUACGGAGGAAAAAUGGCAAAUUUAUGCGGAGAUUUCAUUGCGCGAAAGCAACAACCGGCUUCGAACGCCCAACAUGGGCAUUUCCCGAGGAACUUCCAACACACGGCUGAUCGGUGCGGUGAAUAAUAUGAAAUUAAACGGUUUAGUAAGUUAAGAGAGCCUGUGGAAUGAUUGCUUUCAAAUCAUAAUAAAUUCAUCCUGAAUCCGCAAAAAAAAAAUGUGUUUUGAAAAAUAUAGAGAAAGUUCCUAGUGGCAUGGUCGAUUGGAAUAUGCUCCUUUUACAUAGGAUUUGUGCAUUUAACUUAACAACAAAACUGCUUAUGUAGCUCUGAAAACAAACCUGGACUUCCAUACCUCAUUUGGCCGUGAGCAGUCAUGCUUUUGAACGGGUUCUACGUUCGUUCAAGUUCACACAGCAACACGAAAAAUAACAGCUCCGAGAACGAACGCUCGUCUCUAAGAAACGUUCGUUCAGUAGGCUUUUUUGAAACGAACGGAGAACCCAGUUCUGAACUUCAACAUUUUCCAUUGAUGAGACCGAAGUAGACUAGCUAAACUUAAUUGACUUCUAAUCAUCCCAUUACAUGUCAGCCCUGCCAGCUUAGUGGUAUCAAUUUGGUUUAGUAAUCAGAGGUAGUUAGUUCGAAUCCCUUUUUUUCCUGAAGCUUUUCAACUUGGAAAAGUUUUUAAAUUGCAAUGACAAUAAGGUUUCGACUACCUUUUAGUUGGAGGUGCAUUCAGAUACAUUUUUGUCUUUUGACCCGUAUCAUUUUAA